UUUAAACCGAAGUUUCAUGUGAUAAUUCAGUCUUCAGCUCCUGAAUGUGUUGGAAGGUGUCGGGAAGUAAUUCCCAUUGCGAAUUUUAAGUGAGCUGGUCUCGACUGAGCAGCUCAGCGCCACAUUGUACGGGUACAGUUUGAAGGUUUUUGUCCGGCAGAACCAUCUGAUCGUGCAGAUUUUCUCAAAGCAGAGAAUGAAGAAUACAAGCAUCUUGGGGAAUGGCUCAUGUGAGAACAUUGACAACUUCAAAACUUACAUCUAUGUACCAACGUAUAUCAUCGUAUUUAUUUUUGGAUUUAUUGAGAACUUAUUCUGUUUAUAUGUUUUUCUGAAUUUAUACAAGAGGAAGACUGCAACCAGCAUUGUCAUGGUGAACCUGGCGAUAUCAGAUCUGCUUUUUGUGUGCACUUUGCCCUGGCGCGUGCACUAUUAUUUGGAAGACAGCACUUGGAACCUUUCGGAUUUCUGGUGUGCAUUCAUGUCUUAUGCCCUGUACCUCAACAUGUACUGCAGCAUCUACUUUCUGACUCUGAUGAGCAUAUUGCGCUACUUCGCUAUAGUGCAUCCAAUUGAAGGUUUGAAGUAUAGAAGUGUCAAAUAUGUGCAAAUCAUAUGUGUCUCAAUAUGGGUGUUUGUUGCAGUAGCAGCCAGUCCUUUUCUGAAUCGUGGCAGUUACCCAGCUGAAAAUAAUGAAACAAAAUGCUUUGACUACAGUGAUGAGAUUAACAGUAAAAUAUUUGCCAUGAAUGUUAUUGCUCUAAUCGUGGGUUGCAUUAUUCCCUUCUUUAUUGUCACUUUCUGUUACACACUUGUUGUUAAGACCUUGCUAACCUCUAAGGUAAAGCAUCACAGGAAAGGGAACGUCCUUAGAAAAGUGAUUGCCAUAAUUAUUAUUGUAAUGGUUAUAUUUCUAACCAGUUUUCUACCCUAUCACAUUCUACGAACCCUCUACCUUGCUGAAGAAUCUAACACUGGAGAUAUAUCCCAAGCCAUCUGUCCUAUUCAGAAAUCCGUGGUGGUUACCCAGUGUGGUCUAGCAAUCAAUUCCUGUUUGAACCCCCUUUUAUAUUACUUUGCAGCAGAGACUUUCAGGAGCAAGUUAGGAACGAUAGUCAAGAGCACGUUUAAAAGCUCUCCUUCUGUAAUGCAUCAAAGCUGAACCCAUACUACAGUACAUUUGCACAACUAAUUAUGUUUUAUGACUGAUGGGAGUACAGGAUUUCUCUUGUUCAGAAUGCAAAAGGUCAGGAUCAAGUGAGACACUGCAGUUAUUUUCCAACAUUAAAGAAUUUGACAUACAGACAUGGCAGGUUUCACUUCAAAGAAAGCAGUAGCUUCUCAUACAACCUUGUUUCUGUUGAGUACAACUCCAGAUGGAAGGAUUGAUCAAGACCUUGUUCUAACAUUGUAUGUGGUUUUCUUGAAAACCCUUUAUAUGUUUUCCUUCAUACCUGCUGUUUGAAUCCUCCAGCCCCACAACUCUGCAAGAUAUCUGGCCUCUUGCACAUCCCCAAUUUUAAUCACUCCACUGUUGCCAGCCAUGUCUUCAGUUGCUUACGUCCUAAGCCCUCCAAUUCCCUCCCUAACUUUGCUGCCUUGCUUACUUCUGUUUCCUUCUUUAAGACACUCCUUAAAAUCUACCUCUUUAACCAAACUUUUGAUCAUCUGCCCUAACUUCACCUCAUGUGGCUUGGUGUCAAAUUUCAUUUGAUAUCAUUUCUGUAAGGCCCCUUGGAACGAUUUUCUAUGUUAAAGGUGUCAUUUAAUGUCAGUUGUUGUUGACCAUUAUACUGUAUGUUAUCUUAUUUGAGUUAUUUUCAAUUCUAACACCCAAGAAUUUCAGUUCUUCAUACCUUUAUUGCUAUCUAUUUCUACAACUAUGUUUCUCAUCAGUUCCUAAGGCCUUGUGUUUUACCAAGGCCCAUUUUGCUGACAUAAUUUAUUUAAUGUCUCAGCAAGACUAUAUCCUGUCUGUAAGUACUAAACAAGAUCAAUGAUCCUUUUUAAAACAUGUCAAUGGCCUAAUUUCCUAGGUCUUAUCUUGAUCAUUCAAAGGCAGCUCACCACCGCCUUCUCAAGAGCAUUUUACUCUCAUGGAAAAAUCGGUUGCCACCAGUUGGAAAAUCGAACCUGGCACAACUGGCUUCUACAGGAAUAACUGGUUACAACUGGUUCUAACUGAAAUAACAGGAGAUUACAAGUGGGAACCAGGUGAUAUCCCUAAUUGUCCAGUUGGAUUUAAUAGGGCAAUUGGAAUCUUAUUGGAGCCAGUUGACUUGUCUGCUGGUGUAACUGUAUACUAUUGGAAUAACUGGCAUGUACAAUGGAAAACCUGUUGUGAUUCCACUUGUCCAGUUGACUUGGAAUGUAACCAUUUCAAACGUACUGAGACCAGUUGGCUUCUGCUGGAACAAGUUGACAGGCAAACUGCACCCAGUUGGAAUUAAGUGGAGUCAGCUGCCAUGUGGCUGCUUCAAUGAUUCUUUGAACUGGAAACUGUACUAGUUGAAGCCAACUGGAUUGACUUACACUAAUGUCUUCAGGCAAUCUUUCUUCAGUACACAUUUUCACAUCAAGUUUGCAAUGUGUUACAAAGAGCAUAAUGAUAUUUCUCACCUCACCUCACAUAUAUGAAUGUGUUACACAGAUGCAAGUUUAUUAAUGUUAUACAUUUAACCAUUUCAAGAUUUCUGAUUUUUUUUUGAGUGCAGUCACACAAAAAGGAUCACAUAAUGGCAAAACGUAAGCUGUUUUAUAUUGAAAACUUCUCAGGAUAGGAAAAAAAUUCAAAAGAAUUUUCCUCAAUGAGAAAAACCAUUUCGGGAGUAACCAUUGGCAUAAAUACCAUAGUUGCCAUGGCAUAGUGUCAAUUAGAACUCAGUGGUAGCAUCCCUUACACCCAAAGGGAUUAGGAAAUAACAUCACAUUCUUUGAUAACCCCUGUUAUGAAUGGAUAAUGGUAAAACCUACAUUGGCAUCAAUUAAGAUGAGUUGAAAAAGUGGCAGAUGUAGCAAAACUCAAGAAAAACAAUUACAAAUGAACAUAAGAAAUAAACAAAUACAAGUUAUGAAGAUAAACGAUGAACAUUACAAAUAAACAUGCAAAUACAAUGGCGGAAGAUAACCCCUUGCUGCACUUUCUCUCUGUGGGCCAUCAGUUCCCCCUGACUGGUAAUGGCCACCUCCUGCCUGGCCCAGUACUUAUGGGUGGGCAAUGAAUGCUGGCCUAGCCCGCAACACUCACAUCCUGUGAAAGAAGUAACCCAGUGUUCCAAAUAUUUUUUAGCCUUCUUUAAAUAUGGGUAUUAGAAGUCCAUUUAGGAAGGUCCAAAAUCCUUCAGUGUGAAUAUUAUAAUGCAUGAGCAUCAGAUUUAAAAUUGUGUGCAGUUCUGGUCGCCUAACUACAAGAAGGAUAUCAGUAAGAUUGAGAGAGUGCAGAGAAGAUUUACUAGGAUGUUGCCGGGUCUUAAGGAGUUGAGUUACAGAGAAAGAUUAA